AUGGCUUCAAGGUUAAGGAGCGUUUUGGGGAAGUUGGUGUCGGACAACCAAUCCGCUUUUAUCCCAGGUAGAAACAUCCUUGACGGCGUCCUUAUGGCUAAUGAGGUGAUGGAUUUGACUAAACGAGAGAAAAGGAGUUGCAUGGUGUUGAAAGUUGACUUUGAAAAGGCUUUUGAUUGUGUUAAUUGGAACUUCUUGAGGUUCAUUCUUAAGAAAAUUUGCUUUGGCGAAAGGUGGAUGAAAUGGAUGGAAGGUUGUGUUUUCUCUAGUAGCAUGUCCGUUAUUAUUAACGCGGCACUUAUGAGGAAGGAAAAGGAGAUGGGUGAUUAUCAAGGUUUUAAGAUAAAUGAAGCGGAGGAUGUGAGCUUACUUCAAUUUGCAGAUGACACGUUAAUUGUGGUGGAUGGUAGUAGCAGUAAUCUUUGGUGCGUGAAAUCUAUUCUAAGAGGUUUUGAAAUGAUGUCGGGAUUGAAGAUAAAUUUUCAUAAAAGUAAGCUUUAUGGUAUCAAUGUGGGUGAGUGGCUUCUCAAUGCGGCCUCAGACUUCCUAUCUUAUAAUAUAGAUUCCUUACCUUUCAAGUUCCUUAGGGUCAAAAUUGGAGAUAGUCCUAGAAAGAUUUUGAUGCGGAGAGAAUUACUUGACUCUUUGAGGAAAAGACUUGCCACUUGGAAAGGAAGACACCUCUGA